AUCUCAAACUUUAGUUUACGAUAAACGAUGGCGAUGGUAGUGUCAUUUACGUCAGCUCUCUUGUGGCUGAAUUAAAGUCGUUUUGUAAAUAGGAAAUUGAAAAUGUAAUAUUUAUUGUCAUAUGACUAGAAUAAGAAGGAAUAAUGGUAUCGAUCAGUAUUCUGUGUAUUCCAAUUGUUAUCUCAUUCUUCUACUGGAAUAACUUAUUAUGGUACUAUAUAUUUGGAAUGUUAACCAUAUCAUGUUUCUUUAUGGGAUGUUUAAUUGUUAUGUUCAUAAACAUCGCACUUUCUCCGAAACACCAAACUGGGGCAGGCACAUUGAAAACGGUCGCUGAAAUGGAUGCUUUUCACAAUUUGUUAAUGAAAGGAUAUACAAUUCAAACUUCAAACACCAAAAAAUAUGCAAAAUAUCCAUUGGUCUUUACUCGCAUGGUGGAUGGAGCCCUACAGAACCUAUUGGAUUUAAUUUUUCAAGAUUUUAUUGGUGUUUGGCUCAGUGAAUUGGCUUUUAAUUCUGAACAAAUAAUAGACAAUAUGAAACAAGAUAUAUGGGGUGCAAUCCAAAGUCUACAUGGUCGCUUGUCUAAAGUGGAUCACACAAAAUUAGUCGUUUGUAAUAUAGUAAAUAAGAUUACUUUUCAUUUUGAAAAGAUUAGGAUUGCUCAAGCAGCUUCAUCUGAAGGUGAGGAUCCAGUAUUUAUUUUAUCAACACAUUUAAUGUCACCUACAUCCGAAUUAGACUACUUGAGAAGAGUCAGCGAAUUAUAUAUUUUGCUUUUGUUGCCACGUUGUUAUUCUCUUGUACCAAUAAAAUAUUUGCUGAGGGAAAUUCUUGCAUGUAAAAUUCUAAAACCAGCAAUAGACUUAAUAACUGAUCCGGAUUACAUCAAUCAAAAGAUUUUAUCUUAUAUUGAUCAGCAACAACUCGCAGAAGCAAUGCACAGAAAAACAUAUGAGUAUGCUGAAUCGUUCGAAGACUUUAUACGUAUGAUCAAAAGUUCCAAGGAUUUAGAAGUUUUGAAGCAUAUCAGAUAUAAUAUUGUUACUGAAAUUAUGCAAGCCACGACAAUACAGAAUGUUAAAAGAGCACAAGGUUUAGAUCCAGACAAUAAUGCAUUUGGAAAAUCCGAUGCUAUUCAAGCUAGAAAAUUAAAGAGGUAUAUCGGCCAACUGACAUAUGCUAAAGAUACAUGCGAAUGUCACAUGCAAUCAUUAGGGUGGAAUGGAUAUCCUGUUCAGGCCAAUGAUAUACCUGAUUCAGCAGAAAUCACUGAUGAGAGAAUAUUGCCAUUGCAAUAUAUUCUGGAUAAUAUAAUAGGUCGAAGAUAUCUUUCACAAUUUUUAGAACAAGUUGCUAGUCAAGACUUGAUCGGGUACUGGGCAGCUGUACAAGAAUUACGCAAUGCUGAUAAAUCCCAUUGGCAUCAAUUGGGUGCAGAAAUUUUUUAUACUUAUAUUACAUCUCCUACUGCUGAAAUAAAAGUUGACAGAGCUAUUAGAAAAAAAAUGGAAAGUUUUUUAUUAGGUGAUAUAGGGCCUAACGUGUUUUAUGAAGUUCAAAACAGUGUUGUUAAAACUUUGGAAGAAAAAUAUUAUCCCUCGUUUGUAGUAAGUGAACAAUACAAAAAUAUGCAACAAGCGUUACUCAAUGAAAGAACAGAUGAUUUAGUAGAAGAUCGUCGUAUAACAAAUGGAACGUUAACAGAAAAUGUAUCUUUACUUGUUGGAGAACAUUCAAAUUUUGCUCGCAGUAAAUUAGAUCAAUUACAAGAAAAAUUGAACAAUAAGAUGCAAGCUUUACAAGCAUUGAAAACUUCAUUGAAACCAGAAAGCAAGGUUUUGAAUUUUUUGGCUAAAGAAGUUGAGUGGCUGCAAAGCGAGAAAAGGCAACUAGAAGCUCAUUUAACUCAUACUGAAAUGUGGUCAGAGCAUUUAGGCCAUUGGAGAGUAGAAGUACAAAGUGCAGAAAUACCAGACAAUGGAGAAUCUCCACAGUUUGUUUUGGUUGUUCAUAUGGCCGAAGAUGAAAAUAAUAGUGAUAGUAUAUGCAGUGGUUGGGUAGUGCUGAGAAAAUUACAAGAUUUUCAAGAUUUACACAGAAAACUUCGUCAACUCUGUUCCAACAUAAAAAAUUUAGAUUUACCAUCGCAACCUUUGAAAUUCUUUGGAAAAUCUGAUAAAAAUACUUUAGAAAAAGCAAAAAUGCAAAUUCAAAAAUACUUAAAUUUUGUUCUAGAAGAUGAAAAACUUAAUCAGAAUGAAUCUCUGUACAUCUUUCUUAGUCCAAGUUCAGAACACUUGAAAUAUGCACCUCCCUCUCCAAAAAAAUCUCGGUUCUCUUUAUCAACAUUAUUCAAAACAUCCAGUACUACCAGUGAAAUUCGCGACAAAGAAGAUGAAGAUGAUUAUUCUCUCUUGUUGGAUGAUACUGACAGUGGACGAUCAGUCACAGAUGGAUACUUAAGUUCCAAUAAAGAUGCGAUUGCAGAACCUCUGUAUACACUUUUAGGCGAAAUUUUUGAUUUAAGAGGGGUAUUUCGAUGGCUGAGGCGUUCAUUAAUUACUUUUGUUCAAAUAACUUACGGUCGAACAAUCAAUAGACAAAUCAGGGACACCAUUGCGUGGGUGUUUUCAGAGCCAAUGCUUCAUUAUUAUGUACAAUUAUUUACAAAAUCUUGGUGGCCAAAUGGCUAUUUGGUGUCUGGAAAUUUUCUUCGUACGGAUGAGGAGAAACUAAAAACACGUGGCGAAGCACGAAGACAAUUCCUAAAUAAUGUACCUGAUGUUUUAACUAAUUUGGUUGGUGCCCAAAGUGCUCAACGUGGUGCAAUUAAAAUUUUUGAUUCCUUGCAGAAUGUAAACUUAAACAAACAAUUAUUUUAUGAUAUCUUUGAAGUUGUAAUGUAUGAAGUAUUUCCAGAAUUAACAGAAUUAAAACAUUCAUUGCAGUGAACUAUAUGUACGAGUAUUCCUUGUACAUUUUUUUUUAGCAAACAUUAUACAUUUUGUAAAAUCAAACGAAUACAAAUCUUGUUCACAUAUCUUUAUUUCAUCAUGUUUUAAAUAUUUUCAUAGACUGUAUACACAAUGUAAACAAUUCUUUUAUACAUCACUCUUUUUCCAUGCAUUUAAAGAUCAAAAAGAUAAUUUUGUAAAAUAUGAUUAAAGUAUGAUUAAAGUAUGUACUGAACGUAAAUUUAUUUUCAGUCAUCACAUAAGCCAAGUCAUUUUUUACCGUGAUACGUGUUAUAUACAUUUAUAGGUUGAAUUUUCUUAAUAAGAGAUUUUGUAAUGUAUCACAUGUGCGUUGUCAUUUAUAUAAGAAAUUGAUAAUCUAUCAAUAAUAAUCUGUAUUUCGCGAUAUAACAUUCUUUAAUUUUACUUUUUAAUGCGGUUAAAGAGUAACUAUAUUCUUCUAGAUUAAAAUCUAUAUAUCAAUCACUAUAUAAUCUUAUAAUUUGUAAAACAAUAACAAUCUUUAAAACAAACAAUAAAUAAGAGAUUAUCCAAUAAAUAAAAUACAUUACGAUAUAUUAUUCAUUUAUAAUUUAAUUUACAUUCAAUUAUCAUUCAUUUCAUAUAUAAUUUAUAGUCAAAUAAAAACAGGUAUGUAAUAUAUCAAUAAUGAACAAAUACUAUACAUUUUAUUUCACUUAACUGAAGUAUGAAAGUGACAUUAUUUAUGUGAUGACUUGAUAUUCAAAUGAGCAACGCUGUGAUAUUGAUUUCUUCAAUUAUUCAAAAUAUAAUUUAAAGAUAUACAUCGUCUAAGUAUAGCUGAAAAAGGGACUAGCUUUUGUAUUAUUUAAUAUUAAAGUAUUGUUCUAUGAGAAUAUUAACCAUUCUCUUUCGAUCAACUAUAAAGUAUCUAUUAUUUUUAAUCUGCAUAUGACUUGUAUAAAGCACGUAUUAUUAAUUGUUAUUGUUAUUUUUAUUAUUAUAGUUAUGAAUUUCCGCUUAGAACGAAUCAAUAGAUGUAGGAAUACGUUUGUUGCCAGUUUCUACGGUAAAUAAAAAUACAAGAUUCAAAAAAUGUAUAAGAUAAUAUAAAUAUAUGUUCAUAGGAAAGACAAAAAUACAUUCUUACAUAUUAACGUAAUGUACACAAAGUUUGAUAAUAAAAUACUCGGACUAUAUUACAUUGUUUUGCGAGGAUUGUGAAAUUUGGUAAUGAUAUUAUAUUUAUAACAAAUUUAGUGAAAGAAUCGCACCGAUGUGAAUUUGUAUGAGAAAGUUUGUAAAUUAAUUGAAUAUUUUGAAGUACUUAUGAAUCAGCAUGAAAAAGAUUAAAUAUCAAUCGAAUUACAUCUAUGUCCAGGAACAUUUUUUUUAUCAAACUUCGUAUGUAAUAUGGAAAGCUACAAGUAUGCUAGAACAUACCGCUAUAGAACAAGUACCAUACAUUAUGUUAAAAGAAAUCGAAAUGAAUGGAAAUUAUUGACAUAUUACAAAUAUAUAAAUAUACAGUGCCUAAUAUUUAAACAAGUAAUAUAAAUACUGUUAUGUCUUUAAUAGCAUCGACUAGAAUUAUUUAAGGUAGUAUUAAAAAUUCAGAGAUUAUCGUUACUUAUGUAAUCGUUCAAAAUAAUGAAAAUGUUUAGUUCUACGAGAACAUUAUCGACUAUGAUGAUAUAGUAUGAAAUUUUUCUCAAUUGCGGUAAAUGGAGUAUCUAAAAUCUAUGUAUACGGAACAUUGUGAGUAACUUUAGAAAUAAUGUUUCAUAUACAAUGAAUAUGUUUUAGCUUUGAACAAAAGUAAAGAUGUAUCUUUUCAAUUGUUGGACUUCCAAGUGACGCAUGUUGACUAGUUGGAUCCCUUUCGCUAUUGCAAAAAGUGUACACAUUACAAGAAUGCAUACCAGUGUUUAAUUACUUGGCAGUGAAUUCGGGCCAAUAGUUUAUAUAAUAACGAUGUGUUAAACCUUCGAAUAAUCUGUCUAACCACAUAGGCAGACCGUCCAAAAGAUUAUCCUGAUACAAUACAUUGUUUCCGCUCUGCGAACAACACAAUUCCAUAUGACUUACUUCGUUUUUAUUUCAAUAAUAUUUUUAAUGAAUUUUAUUUAUUCAAUACCUCGUCUUCAGAAAGAUCGGAUUCGUUAGAACUAUCAAAACCAAUAAAUGCACCAGCUUCAGCAUCAUCUGCUCUUCGAGU